AUGAACGAAGCUUUGCAAUUGUUCUCGUUGGUAAGGUUCUUUGAGGUGGUCUUGGAUAUUUUCAUCACGAAAUUCGGAAACUGACACUUUUCCUUCUGUUUUUCAACAGGGCAUCGCAGCUUCACAGCUCGUCUUGCUGACGUUGUGCGCCAAGAAGAAAAACACCGCGACGGCGUCGAACAAUUCGGAAGCAGUCGGGUCGAAGACGGUUUUUUGUAGAACAAUCUGAGUUCUAGAAGCCGCCCCUGCCGCCAGCAUCGAAUGAGGUGCCGAAGAAAACGGAGGAGAUGGGAUCGAAAACAAAGGUCGAAGAGUCGGCGGAAAAGCCUGCAGCCAAUAACGACGCCAAGGAUGCGAAAGAUGUCGAGGCAAAGGACAGCGACGUGGCCGUAAAUGUGCCUGAGAAGGAGGAUCCGAAAAAAGACGAAGUGAAGAAGGACGACGGCAAGAAAGACGAACCGAAGAACGAGGAAGCCAAACAAGCGGAGAAACCCAAUGAAACCAAGGUUUGCUUACAGGAUCCUAUGUUCUUAUCAUGAGAAAGCUUUUCUCAAAGCGCAAUCCAAUUUGCGGCAUAUACAAAAACUCGAUUUGCAGAAAGAAAUGCAGUCUCAGAGACCUUUUCCCAAAUUUGUGGUGAGUUCUGAUUUUUCUUCUCGAAUUUUUCUGAUUUUUAAUGUUCAGAUGCCGACAGAAAGUACAAAAAAACGAAAAGAAAAAGAAGUGGAAAAAGAGAAAAAAGAGAAGAUUGCUCAAGGAUUUUUCCAAGUUUGUUGUCUUUUCCAACCAAUCUUCUAAAAAUGAAAAUGUACGUCUUUCUUUUCACGCUAAAUAAUAGUCUUGAAGUUUGAAACCGGCUCUCACUGUGGAGUUUUUUCGAACCAUUAUUCUCAUAUAAUAUUCUCUGAAUACACAAAAGAAGGAAUUGGACCCAAUAUAAAAUUCAUGAGACCCAAACUAUUCACAGUGAGCGUACAUGAACAAAAAACAGUAAAAAAGUCUAUACAAUCUUACCGAGAAAACAUUUUUAGCCCAAGUCCGACGAAGACGACACGCUGGAAAAAAUAGCGAGUCUGAACGUCGAGAAAUCGGACAAAACCAAGAGGUCGGCGCGCAAUGCCAAGAAGAAAGUCUGA